AUGGCACCGAAAGAGCCAGUUGCCGUUGUCGCCAAAGUCCAAGAAGAAGUGCAUAAGCAAAAAGCCGGAGCGCAUCAUUGUUUGGGCAAUGUUCAUGCAAAUUUGCCUGUUUCUAAGGUAAUUUUUCAUUAUUUAGGCCGAGGGUCUAAGUCUGAACCCAGUAAAAUCAAAACAAAACCUAUUUUCCAGGUCACCGUUCACCCAUUGGUUCUUUUGAGCGUAGUCGAUCAUUUCAAUCGAGUUAGCAAAACACAAAGUGUGAAACGUGUUGUUGGUGUUUUGUUGGGAUCAAUGAAAAAAGACAAAACUUUGGAUAUUGGCAAUAGUUUCGCCGUUCCUUUUGAUGAAGAUGAAAAAGACAAAACUACAUGGUUUUUGGAUAUGGAUUAUUUGGAAAGCAUGUAUGGAAUGUUCUAUAAAGUUGCUGCUAAGGAGAAAAUCGUUGGUUGGUAUCACACAGGACCAAAAUUGCAUAAAGUAAGUUUUUUGAGAAAAAAUCAUAAGUUUCUCUGUGCUCUCUGACUCUCUCGCCUCAGUCUUCUCAACAAGAACAAAAGGGAUAUUUUUGCAUUACUCUCUGACAUGCGCGCUUAGCGCAGUACGAGAGUGUUGAGUUGGCGAGAAAUAGUUCGAGGGUUCAAUUCCUCAUGAGAGCUCUUGUAGUUAUGAAGACUAUACACGGAACACUGGGCUCUGAAGACUUCGUGAACCGAUAAUAUCCGUUCUGAACUACUUUUUUCUAGAAUUCUUUUGAUUUUGCUUGAAUUUCAGAUAAAAAUAAAGUUUUUUUAUAGAACGAUAUUGCGAUCAAUGAGCAACUCAAGAGAUUUACCCCAAAUCCAGUUUUGGUGAUCAUCGACGCCGAACCAAAGAAUAUUGGAUUGCCUACUGAAGCUUAUGUUGAGGUUCAAGAAGUUCAUGAUGUGAGUUCAGGAAUGACACAAUUUCAAUUUUUCUCCAAAUUCUCUAUUUAAUUUGUAUCAAAAUUUGUCAAAAAUCACACCUAUCAUUUUUGCAGGACGGAACUCCACCAAUCAAAACUUUUGAACACGUUCCAUCGGACAUCGGAGCUGAAGAAGCCGAAGAAGUUGGAGUUGAGCACUUAUUGAGAGAUAUCAAAGAUCAAACGGCUGGAACAUUGUCGCAAAGAAUCACUGAUCAAUUGAUGGGAUUACGUGGACUACAAUCACAAUUGGAAUCGAUUGAGAAAUAUUUGGCGGAAAUUGUUAAAGGGACACUUCCUGUUAAUCAUCAUGUUCUUUAUUAUGUUCAGGUGAGAAUGGGUUAAAAAUUCAGAUAAUUGUAAUUUUAAAGAUUCUCGCAAUCUUUGGGGAAAAAAAACUUACAAAAAAUUUCAAGUGAAAACAUUUGUCCUGUGAGAAUUUUAUGUGAAAAUUCAAAUUCCUUUUAUUUCAGGAAGUUCUCAAUUUGUUGCCCGACGUAACUCGCCCAGAUUAUGUCGUCUCUCAAAAUGUUCAAACCAACGAUCAAAUGAUGUGUGUUUAUAUGGGUUCAUUGGUCCGUUCUGUUGUUGCAUUGCACAAUUUGAUUGAUAAUAAAAUAUCACUUCAAAAAGCGGAAAGAGAUCAAGAAAAUGGUGAGGAAAAAUCGAAAAAAGACGCUGCGGCAACUGUAAAAAAGGAGGAGAAAAAGGAGAAAUCGACGAAUUUGAAGAGUAAAAAGAAGUAA